ACGGUGUCGCGUCCCCCUCCUCCCCCUCCCCCCACUGAAGAUUAACCACAAACACAGCGAUGGCAGGGUUUACCGCGUAGCAGGACCCUGCUCCAUUUUAAUUUCCACUCAAAGCGUCGCGGGUUUUUUUGGGGGGGGUUUAGUCCCGAUGAAAGAUGGCGUCCGGGGCAGGCUGGCAGCCUGCGUACAGCACCCUCACCAGCAACACCAAAUACAGCCCCUCUCCGACGGCCAGCAUGUUUUACGACGGGAGCCUAACGCUGGAAUACACGCAGGACCUGCAUCUGAAGAUGAGCAAGAAAAUAGCACAGCUGACCAAGGUUAUUUAUGCUCUGAACACCAAGAACGACGAGCACGAGGAAGAAAUCGAGUCUCUGAAGGAAGCCCACGAGGACGAGGUCCAACACAUCGUGACAGAAACCAGGGACAAAAUCAUGCAGUACAAGAGCAAGAUGGCGGACGAGGCGGACCUGAGGCGGCGGCUGGCCAGUCUGGAGGAAUCCGUCGAACUCCACGAGCACAUAAAGCGACAGGCUUUAGCAGAGUUUGAGAUGUACAGACAGAGAAUGGAGGACUCCCAGCUCUGCACCGAGGCCCAGCACACACAGAGAGUGGUUUCUAUGAGCAGAGAGGUGGAGGAGAUGCGUCGGGAUUUUGAGGAGAAGCUGCGGGCGUUCAGCCAGGCUCAGGCCCAGUUUGAGGCUGAUAAGCGGCGAGCGCUGGAGGAGCUGAGGGCCACCCACCGCCAGGAGGUGGAGGAAGUCCUCAACAACCAGCAGAACCAGAGCGCCACCUCCACCGAAGACCAGGAGAAACUGGCCGAGCUCCAUAGACAAGAGGUGGAGGCACUGAUGGAGAGGGUGGAAGAGCUAUCGAAGGACAAGGUCCGUCUGGUGGAGGAGUACGAGGCCAAACUGGCCAAGGCUCAGGAGUAUUAUGAGAGAGAGCUGGAGGCCAUGAGGAGAACACACCAGCUCACCACGGAGAACCUGCUGGCCUGGAAAAGGACCGAGGUGGAGCUCCGUAAGGAGUUCCAGGCUCAGGAAACGGCACUGCAGCGCUCGCUGUCCAAGUUGAGGAGCGAGGUCCAGAAAGCUCAGGAGGAGGCGAGAGAGAACCGAGACAAGACCAACAGACUGCAGACGUCGCUGGCCAACGCAGAGGGAACCAUCAAGAACCUGCACAAGCAGCUGGAAGAAGCCAUCCAGGACGGAGAGAUCUGGGUGAUGCAGCUGAAGGACACAGAGUAUGAGCUCGACGGCAGCAGGGAACGCGUUCAACAGCAGGCGACUGAAAUCCUCCACAAAGCCAGUCAGAUCGGCUCCCUGCAGGCAACCCAGAUGUCCCACGAAGCGACCAUCAGGAACCUGGACCAGGAGCAGUGUCGGCUGAAGGAGAAGAUCAGCAGGCUGGAGGAGGAGAGGGGGGCUCUGCUCAACCAGAGCCAGGCCGCCAAUGAACAGCACAAACAACAAGUGGUCAAACUCGAGCAGUCUCUGCGCGAGGAGCACCAGGGCUACGAGAAGGAACUGUCCAGACUCAGGGUGCACUUUGAGGAGGAGACGCGUCGCUUCAAGGAGACGCAGGUCCGAGCGCUGGAGGAGAUGGAGGAGAAACACCAGGCCAUGAGGGAGGAGGCCGAGCAGGAGAAAGAGGAGGAGAAGACACUCCUCGUGGCGAAAAUGAGUCAGGAGUUUGAGAUCAAGCGUCUGUCGCUGGAGGAGCAGCGGGAUCGUCUCCAGCAGCAGCUGGACAACUUGAAAGAGGAGCUCUCGGCCAAGCUGAACAUGGCCAACCAGGAGGUGUCCCACUUCCAGGAGCUGGUGAGGGAGGGGCAGCAGAACCUGGGCUCGGCUCAGACACAGAUCAGCUGUCUGAAGGACACUCAGGAGAAACUCAGGGUAGAACUCGAUGCGACCAGAGCCCGAGUCCGAGAGACCAGUAACCUGCUAACGGACCUGCAGGAGGAGAUCGAGACGCAGAAACAGCAGCAUGACGCCAGGGUGAUGUCCAUCAGAACGGAGGAGAAACAGAAGAUGGACAAGAUGGCAGACGACUUGGAUCAGAAAUGGAGAGAUGCACUGCGGGAAGAGGUUCGUCUGCUGAAGGAGGAGCUGAACGAGGAGUACGAGGCAGACAAACAGGCGGCGCUGACUCAGCUCUCCCAGCAGAAAGAACUGGAAAUGAUGGCGGCGAGAGAGGGCUGGCAGAGGAAAGUGGAGGACCUGCUGGAACAGAUCUCUCUGUUGAAGCAGUCCCUGGAGCUGCAGCUGUCUCAGUCGCAGUCGGCUCUCCAGCAGCUGCAGUCUCAGUUCAGCCAGGAAAGAGAGCUGCUGAGCCAACAGCUCAAAGAGAUGCAGAGAGAGCAUCAGAGGAGAGACCACCGGUUACAGGAGGCGCACUGCUGCGCCCUCAGCACCAUGGAGGAGGCCAGACAACACCAGAUCAGGGCCCUGGAGGAGCGUCUGAAGCAGGAGCAGAGGGAGGAGGUUCAUGCUCUGAAGGAGGCCCACAGGAGGACCUUAGACAUCCUGAGACAGCAGUCCGACCAGGAGCUGCAGACACUGCGGUUUGAACUCGAGGACGAGGGGAAAGCAAAGCUGGCCUCUCUCCGUGCAGAGCUCAACCACCUCCACGCUACAGCCAUUGAGCAUCUAAAGCAGAUUCACCUUAAAGAAAACAGUUCCGCCAAAAGGGAGGUGGAGAAGGCGAUGGAGCACAGCCACCAGCAGGAACAAGAGCUCCUGGUCCGCAUCUCAGACCUGCAGGCAGAGUUGUGUUCCCGUAGCAACCGCAUCACCGAUCUGGACCAUGAGAUCCACUCUCUGAACGAGACCAUCGACACUCUGACCAGAGAGCUGGAGCUGAAGGGCAAAGAGGUUCUGCGGGUCCGCAGUGAAGCCAACCAUCAGAUUCGGGCCCAUGAACAAGACUUCGCAAAGAGACACGACAGGGAGCUGGGGGAACUAAGUGUUGUCCAUCACAGAGAACUGCAAAUCAUGCUGGUCGACUUCAACAAGGCCCAGGAGGUCCUCAAAGACAAGAUCUCUGCUCUGCAAAUACUGUUGGAGGGGACAGAAGAGAAGUUAAGGCACAGAGAGAGUCGACCAGAGGACCUGCACCUUAUAGCAGAGCUCAGAGAGAUGGUCACUGAAAGAGAAGCUCUGGUCAAGAAGCUGGUGGAUGACAAGAAGUUUUACCAGUUGGAGCUGGUCAACAGAGAGACGGGCUUCAACAAGGUCUUCAACUCCAGUGCCAAUGUCGGUGUCAUCAACCCUCUCAUCAAGCAUCCUCCUCCUCCUUAUCCUACUUCUCCUCAUCCUCCACAUCAUCCCAUGCCAAGUUUUGCUCCUCCUCAUGCUCCUCAUCCUCAGGAACCCCUGGUGCAGCAAAGUUUUAGGAGCCUUCCUGAGGCCGACGCUGCGACACCAUCAGGCCCGAGGGGCAUUGAGGCGGAGGAGGAAAGCAAAGAAUAUGUUGCAAAGGAAGAGGAGCUGUACGCCCAGUACUUCUCUUUCUGACUGGCAAAAAUAAAACUUAAUUCUGUCAAAAAAAACAACAACAACAAAAAAAGUAAUGGGACAGAGAGCUUAAGUUGGACAGCGAUUGUAAUUUCUGUAAUUUGCAAUUCUGCAUAAAACUAUGAGCGCUAAAGCUGAACCCCCUUCAGCAAACAUACAUCGAGUGGCAAGAAGGAAAUGCAAUCAUAAACCUGUGAAUUUUAAUUUUGAUAAACUAAGAUCAAACUAUCUUAAUGUGGAAAAGAGGUGGUAGCUCCUUAGGGACAUGUGUUUGGGUUUAAAAAUAAGUGAUUUCUGUGCAAAGGAAAUUAAUAUUGAUUCUUACUUUGAUUCUUAUUUUCUCCCAGAUCACACCCAGGACAAAUUUGAUUCAAUAUGAAGAGGCAUAAUUUUUAAAAACUGUGAAAAAAGUGAAGUGGAUUAUAGAUGAUUUGGUUGAACUGCUGGAUUGUUUUCCCAGUGCUCAGCAUUGAAUAAAACCAACAGAAAUUACAGCAAAAACUACCAAAGUUGCAAAUACAACCAAUUUAUUCUUACAGUAGUGAUUGUCUACUCUCUGAAAACCUUCCGAAACAUUUCUCAAACUUCCAUGAAAUAAUUUCCCUCGUGAUGUCCGAUCAUUGCGGUUCAGCAGUGCUGCAGUAGGUGUAAAAUGUAAAAAAAAGAAAAAAUGCGGCAUACUGUAGAUUAAGAGAAUAUGUUUUUCUUCUUUUUUCAUCGACAUGUGUCUUAGAAGCUGUUAUCCGACUGGACGCUGUUUCAGCCAGGACAAACUGAUCUUUGCCUUGAUAAUCACCUUAAGUCUCUCAUGUCUCCGACAGAAUCCAGUUGCUUAUUCUGCAGCACGUUAAAAUUACAGUGAACCACAAUAACAACAAAAGUAAAACAAAGACUAACUUUAGCUCGCUGUCCCAGUGCUUUGACUGUGUACAUACGGUGAAAUGUUUGAAAGUCACUUUCAAAUCUCUGAAGCUCGCUGAGGGGCGCUUGAUUUGGCAUUUCUCGACCGUCCUAAGAGGAACUGAAUCAAGCACCCCUCAUAUUUUUAUUAUUCUAGUAUUUAUAAUCAACAAGCUACUGUUUUUCUACGGUCUGCUUGUGAUGCCAGCGGACCAGGGACACACGGAGGAAGAGUCCUUCGGCGACAUGUCGUCAUUGAUUGACUCCUAGGAACCUUUUUUUAAUGCCAAGGAGGGUUUAGUCAAACAAUUUUAAAUUUAUGAGCUAGGAGGUUCAUGUCGGUGACAGGACUCUUUGGCUCCGUGUCUCUGCCCGUGGGGCAGACCUUAGAGCAUGUGAAAACAGAAACACUAUCAUAAUGCUGCUGUCACUCACUUGAAUCUCCAUAUCUCUGUUUUUCUUGGUGUACUGUCUGUUUUUUAACUUGACUCUGAAGUUUACAUAGUUCUUGUGUAGAGUAAUUUUCAUGACCCAACGGUCCAUGAAGUCCUUUCAGUAACCUGUACAGUUUCCAGACUGCAUGGUCGUCAUCAGCCCGAAAAAGAGGCUAGUUUUUUUUCCCUAGACGUCAGGUCUGGGAGUUUUUACUGAAUCUCACCGCUGGGGGUCCAUUCAACAACAAGCACGUUCAGUUCCCUUACAGCAUCAGCCAAGCUCUUCCAUCACUGAAUCAACUGAGGUUCAGGAAGUGUUUGUACUCUGAGGAGACAGACACUAUAACAGUAUCAACACACCUACUAAUGGUGCCACAAGUCCCACAAAAUCCCACCACAAAGAAUUGAAUGCGACACAAUCUCAACAAAUACUGGGACCACUUUGUUGCUGGCCUGUGUUGGAUUGCAUUGGACCUUAGUGUCUUCCUGUUCCUGUUUUUUUUCUUGUUACUUUUAGAACCAAUAAUAUUUUAGAAUUUCUGUUUUUCAAAAGAUCUGUGCCACAUUUUGUAAAUUAAGUCCGGGGGAAAGAUUUAAUUUUAUUUCCAUUACAGAGUAAAUACAAAAAAAAUGUGUCAGAGUUACAGAUGAGUUUUGCAUUGGGGUUAAACACUGGAAUGUCAAUUUUUACAACUGUUCUCUCCUUCUGUUUGCCUGAGGAGAGUCUAUGACUGAAAGCUUGUAUGUAACUGAGAGUGUGCAGUCGCUCCUGUGUGGAAAGAUGCAGCAUUUUUACUGAAACGAACCACACUGUUAAAGUGAAAAUGAAACACUUCCUGAAACCAGGUUGGAAAAUACAGUAAAAAAAAAGAAAAUCACAUACUGAAACACAGGAACCCAGCGUUUGUACACUAUUGAUUGCAUUCAGCUUCAAAGAAUAGAAUUAUAUCUAUAAAACCAACCAAAUGAACAAUUUGCAACUCCGAUUUAACACGGCAUCCCAACUAUGACACGAAUGCAGCACCGUGACAUUGAAGCUAUAGAUCCUCUCUGGGAUCGUCCCGACACUGAACCGCAGUUGGUUCAUUUCCUCCACGCACACUGUGAAGAUUAUAUUUAUUUAAACAACUAUGUUCAAUAUUGACAUUUUAGCUUUGACAUCUGCAUCAGACGAUGUAGGAGUCUUUAUCUUCUUUUUAAAAAAAUACUUACAAUCACAUCUGAUUUUACUUCCCUGCUUUUGUUCCCCCCCUCUGAUGAUUUCACAUACUUGCCUUCUAAAAACAAGUUUCAAUGUACUUGACAUUGGACUAAAAAAAAUAAGAAAUCCAAUACAAGGGUGACACUGUUUUCCCCAGCUGGGAGUAAGAAGCACAUUCUGGGUGACUGCCCUUUUUUUACUGUGAUAGUUAAAGGACCAUUCCAAUGUUUUUGCAUGAGGAAAUCCAUGCAAUGCCAAAGUUACUGUUGUUUUGGGUUUUGAAUGUUGUUUUUCUGACUGUCCAUGCUGCCAUUAGUUUUCUAUUCAUAUUUCUUAGGCAUAAAAGUCAAAAUUAUAGAGUCUAUCAUUAUCAAGACGUGGUGCUCACUGUAUUUCAUUACCAAACGUCUCAUCACAAGGUCUGUUCCCUGGCUGCUCUGGGGCUUUUAACAUGAUCUCCAUCGGCAAAGUCGUGAAGGAACCGCAGCUGUUCAAAUUUCCAUAUUUUUCUGACCACGUGGUGAAAUUGUUUUCCGUACCUGAGCUGGGGUAAAUGGAUGAAGACUUGUGUAAAGACACUGGUGUGGUCCUUUUAGGCUAAGUUUUGCUAAUAUGUUUGAAAUGGCAAAAAAAAGAUUCAUUUGUUUAUGUUUGUUUUGCAUUCUUACAUAAUUGUUCCGAUUCACAUACAGUGCUUGUGUUUUUUUCUCUCUGUUGUUUCUAUCUCUUUGUGUUGUUUUUAUCUCCCUCAGACCUUAUUGUUUGAUUUCAUCCAUAUGCUUAUCUCUCCUGCGUCUUACCAGACUGUUGGUUUAAAGGAGAAUUAGAACAAGUCAGUUAAAAUAAAUCAACUGUUGUUUGUCCAUCAUAGAAAACACUAUCCAUGUGUCAGAUGUUUCUCAACAUCUGACACGUGGAUAUUGUUUUCUUUUCCUCAACACUGACAUCAGCUGGCCAUCAGUGAACCACAGGACCUGCAACUCGUUAAAACAUGAAAUGUCUGUUAAGAUGAUUUGUUUAUGUGACGAUAUACAGACCAGGGCUCAGUUCAUUACAUUUUCAACUCAGUUUUUCCAAAAUUGCAGAGAAGGGAAAUUGUCGCGCCUGUCGUCUGCAUGGAAAGACCUCAACUGAAACAAUGAGAUGAAUUGCAGUUUUAUGUUAUGAGCUGAGUUGAAAGUGACUGGAUGUCACCCUUGUGACUUAUCAUUUGAUGAUGUCUGUCUUGCCCUUUUUGAAUUAAAUAUAUGACAAUUAUAACAAUGACAAUGUUUAUUUACAUUUGUAUAAUUUCCGUUGUAUGUUAUGGAACAGUAAAAUUAUGAUUGUGA